UACAUCAUGGCCUCAGCAGGUCUACAGAUUUUGGGAGUUAUUCUGGCAGUUAUUGGGUGGCUGGGUGAGAUUAUUAUUUGUGCGCUGCCCAUGUGGAAGGUGACCGCGUUCAUUGGCGCGAACAUCGUCACUGCUCAAACAGUCUGGGAGGGUCUGUGGAUGGACUGUGUUGUGCAGAGCACAGGCCAGAUGCAGUGCAAGGUGUACGACUCCAUGCUGGCGCUGCCUCAGGAUCUACAAGCUGCUAGGGCCCUCGUUGUGAUCUCCAUCUUGGUGGCACUCAUCGGCGUCUUGCUGUCUGUCAUCGGGGGACAGUGCACAAACUGCAUCCAGGAUGCUGCUGCCAAGUCUAAAGUGGCCCUUGUGUCUGGUGCGGUGUUCAUCGUCGCCGGUGUGCUCUGCCUCGUGCCCGUAUGCUGGUCGGCAAACACCGUCAUCCGGGACUUCUACAACCCCGUGGUGGCUGGCGCUCAGAAACGGGAGCUCGGUGCCUCACUCUUCAUUGGCUGGGGGGCAGCAGGUCUCAUGCUGAUGGGUGGGGGGCUCCUCUGCCUCCAGUGCCCCCCGAAGGAGACCCGAGGGUACCCGGUCAAGUACUCUGCUGCAAGGUCCAAGACCAGUUCGGGAGCUUAUGUGUGAGGACAUGCCUACCACCAUGAAGUUCUAGUGAGGCCUCUUUGACCAAGAUAGCUGAUCAAAUUUUGUUUCCUCUAUAAUGUUGAGCUUUAAUUUGGUCUCAAUUUUAAGUGUCUUUGCUAAUAAAAGUUUUAAACCUA